UAAAACAUUCUACAACAUCACAAACUACAGGAAAUUUCAGCCACAUCACAAACUACAGGAAAUUUCAGCCUAUAUAAAGGAGAACCAGAGGGACUGAGUUUAGGAAUAAAAACAGCAUGGCAAAUGAAGUGAAGCUUUUGAGAUCAUGGUCAAGUCCAUUUGCAUUAAGAAUAGUCUGGGCACUCAAGCUCAAAGGUGUCGAAUUCGAGACCAUUUUUGAAGAUCUUGCUAACAAAAGCUCUCUGCUCCUCCAGUACAAUCCAGUUCAUAAGAAAAUUCCAGUGCUUGUCCACAACGGCAAGCCUGUCUGCGAAUCAUUGGUGAUCCUGGAGUACAUUGAUGAAACAUGGAAUGCAGCUCAUCCCCUUCUCCCGAAAGAUCCAUUUGGAAGAGCUGAGGCGCGCUUCUGGGCAAAAUUCAGCGAUGACAAGCUUAUGCCAUUGAUAAAGAAGGCUACUAUUGGACAAGGUGAAGACAAAGAGGAGGCUAGAGUUCAGACUGCAGAAAAUCUGAAAUACGUCGAAGAACUGCUCAAGGGUAAGAAAUUCUUUGGCGGUGAGACAAUUGGGUACCUUGAUCUGGCAUUCGGGUGGAUGGCCUAUCUGAUCAAUGUCUUGGAGGAAGUAUCUGGCGCAACAUUGAUAAAGAAAGAGGAAUUUCCUCUCUUAUCUAAAUGGAUGGAAAAUUUUUAUGAAUUGCCAGAAUUCAAGGAAAGCUGGCCAGACCGCGACAGACUCAUCACCAAGUUCAAAAACUAUGGUUGAUAGUAUAUAUUGUGCCAGAAAUGAAUCUGAAUGAACUAUAUUCUGAAGCCUCUGUAUGCCUAUUCAUGAGUUUGAAUAAAUGAUUUUAUGUUCAA